AAAAAUUUAUGAAAAUGAGUUGCCGUGAGACAGGUCCAGGAUAUAGGAGUCCAUUUGAUGCUAUGAGAGGGCCGCGAGAAACGCUGAUGUAUGUAACUUGCAUUCAACCUAACGGUACCCGCGAUUGUAAAAGUGAUUACUUGGCCACCAUUGAUGUCGACCCGAACUCUUCACAGUUCUGUCAAGUGAUAUGCAGAACACUUGUUCCCUAUUUUGGUGAUGAGUUACACCAUUCGGGUUGGAAUUCUUGUAGCAGUUGUUUCAAUGAUAUGACUAAAUGCAGAAAUCGUCUGAUAUGUGCCACUCUUAAUAGUGAUCGCAUCUAUGUAUUUGAUAUGACAUCACUUAAACAACCAAAACUUUUUAAAGUUAUUCAAUCACAAGAAAUGCAUAGAAAUAGAGUUAGUUCUGGACAUACAUCUCAUUGUUUGCCUUCAAAUGAAAUUAUGAUCAGUUGUAUGGGAGAUGAGAAACGCAAUAAUAAAGGAUCGUUUAUAUUAUUGGAUGGAAAUUCAUUUAAUAUAAAAGGAAACUGGAAUUUAGGGGAUAAUAAUAGUUCACAAUUUGGUUAUGAUUUUUGGUAUCAGACCAGACAUAAUGUGAUGAUUAGUAGUGAAUGGGGAUCACCUAAUACUUUCAAUAAAGGAUUUAAAUUAGAAGAUGUAAGUAAUAAUCUUUAUGGACAUUCAAUUCAUGUGUGGAACUGGACUACCAAACAAUGUAUUCAAACCAUUGAUUUGGGAAGCGAUGGAGUGAUGCCUUUGGAAAUCCGCUUUUUACAUAAUCCCAUAUCUUGUGAGGGAUUUGUUGGCUGUGCUCUUAGUUCAACAGUAUUUAGAUUUUUUAAGUCAAAUGACAAAUGGCUGACACAAAAAGUUAUAAGUAUAGCCACUAAGAAAGUAAAUAAUUGGUUAUUACCUGAGAUGCCGGCCCUUAUCACAGAUAUAUUGGUGUCAUUGGAUGAUCGCUAUCUAUACAUAAGUUUAUGGCUUUUUGGUGAAGUCAGACAAUAUGAUAUAUCUGUGACAUCUAAACCUGUUUUAGUAGGAAAAUGUCUAUUUGGUGGCAGUUUAUGUAAUGAUGGACUAGUUUUUGUCAUCAAUAGUCAAGAACCAGAAGUAGAACCCAAUGGUCAAAGGGAAAGGGUUUUAGUUAAAAAUAAAGUAAUCAAAGGCGGACCACAAAUGCUUCAGUUGAGUCUCGAUGGACAUCGACUUUAUAUAACAAACUCUUUAUAUAGUGUUUGGGACAAACAAUUUUAUCCCGAUAUGGUUGAUCAAGGAUCAGCAAUGCUUAUGAUUGAUGUCGACACACAAAAGGGAGGUUUAAAUUUGAACAAAAAUUUUUUGGUUGAUUUUGGUAAAGAAGAGUUUGGACCAGUUUUGGCACAUGAAAUGCGAUACCCAGGAGGUGACUGUACUUCAGAUAUUUGGAUCUAAAUUAACUAAUUAUAAUAACAAUUAAUAAUAAUAAAUAUUUAUUAUA